AUGCGCCCCGCUGCCGCCCCGCUGCCGCUGCUGGCGGCCUCGCUGCUCCUGCCGCUGCUCCUGCCCGCCGCGCCCGCCGCCCGCGGCAGCCUGGAGCCCCCGGCCGGGAACGGCAGCCACCCGCCCGCCGCGCCGGCCCCGGGCAACCACAGCGGGGCCCGGCUCAGCCCCGUGCCCGCGAUGCUCCGGGACCUGUCCGCGCUCAAAGCCGCCGUCAUCGGGGCCUGCGCGCUCACGGCCGCGCUCAUCGCCUGCCUCCUGCUCCGCGUCUUCAGGUCUGGCAAGAGGAUUAAGAAGACCAGGAAGUAUGACAUAAUCACCACUCCAGCCGAGCGGGUAGAAAUGGCUCCUCUGAACGAAGAAGAUGACGAGGACGAAGACUCAACAGUGUUUGAUGUGAAAUACAGGUACUGCUGCCAGCCUGUCCAGUUAGGCUUGCUCCUUGAGCUCUUAUUAGUGAAGAUAGCUCUCUUAUUUCUCUGCUGAGCCAACUUGGCAGAGGUGAGGCAGUUGCAUCUCCCUUCCGCUCUGCCCAGGAAUUAUCCCUGUCCUUUAC